AGCGGUGAUCUAUCAACUCUAUUGGAACCCUGGAUAAUAGUUCUCCUUCUUCUUCAUUUCGUUGUCGUUUUCUUCAUACUGCCACAUUACAUCAUCAGAAAACUUGAACGAAAUCAAAGAGAUUGGAUAAUGCAAAAAAGAAAAAAGACUGUAUCAAAGACAAGAUCAGUUGGUAACCGUCAAAAGCGUUAUAAUGAAACAACCAAACAUUGUAGUAGAGAUGUUGUGCAGAAAACAAGCAUAAACAAGUAUAAAGAUGACUCCUCUCGAUGCGACAUUGGGAAUACACCGCUGCUAGAUGUCCGAUGCGGUAUUAAGAAUACACCGCCGCUAGAUGUUGAACUAAAUCAAGACGAAAGGAUUGGAGUACCAUCGCUGGCGGAACCUGAUCAAACCACUGGAUACAAUACUAUGUACAUUAAAUCUGGGGAAGAAAAUAUGUUAGAUGCAACACACUUCAUUAGUAAGUCAAAAGAUCAAAACAGCAAAUACAAAGCAGAUGAUGACAAUGAAACAACACCAAUAGAACCUAAGGAAACUGAAAAACAAACUGCUGUGCACGGGGAUCAGAAUUCAAAAUCAAAGAAAACCAGUUAUGUCACAGAUCAGGGGGACCAAUCAUUAUCUUCCAUGGAUCUAGAUAAGGGUUUAUGA